UACAGAUAUUCAGUAAUAUUUAGUUCCUUUUAUUUGAUAAUUUCGGCUGCUUAAACUCUUCUAACCAGGUAGCUUCAUAGAUUUUAUUACCUCCAUUAGGUGCCUUCUUUUUCUUUAUUAUUUAAUUUAAUUUUUUUAAUUUAAAAUUCAUUAUUCAAUGACAAUGACUCGACCAACGUACCAACUGUAAAACAUGAUAGCUGUUACUUUGGCUGCUACCUACCGCGCGCCACUUUCAUCGGGACUACUUCCCUUAGCCAUUAUACGCUCGCAUGUCUCACGCAGAUAGUCAAUAGGUAUCCUGUAAUAUCCUUACUUUUAAUGAGGGUUUUGCUUCUAAAUACUUUGAUAGGCCGUCAUGAAACAUUUUUAGACUGUUUUGAGCUUGUCAGGAUCUAUUUUUCUGCAAACACCACUACUAUCCGCAAAGAAGCAGCAUCUUUCAGGAAUAAACCUUCCUUUUUGUUCUAUGACGGCUAUUUGUCCUUUUCCUCUACACUUGUACUCUUUUUGGUUGACUGAAAAAGUUAGCCUUGAUUACAGCUCUUUUUACUUGAGUGUAAUCCUGGCCCUCAUUCACCAGAUCUAGCAACUUGGAAUUAGAAAUAUCAUAUAUCCUUCCUGUCAUUAUUUAUUCAUGCGUAAUAAGGUCAAUAUCCUCAAGGAUCGUAGCUGAUUGAUCUCGAAGUCCUCAGUGCUUUUCUAGAAUUGAUGUUUUCUACCUUCUAGUUUGUGAUACCUCAUUGGCUUACCUUAUAUUUAUAUUUUGGACUUAUGCGGCUCCUUAUCCUGCAUUUUUUUUUUUGUUUCACCGUUAUACCUAGUUCCCAGGAGCAGCUAGGAAAUUUCGAUAUAUCAGCACAUUGCGGAUGUGUAUAGAUGUUUGUUCGCAUUGUGAUCCCCUCUUAAAGUAAUUGGCCUAAGUCUGUACUACUCGUCGAGUAAAUUGUAGCAGUUUUUACUUGGUACUCUUAAUUAUAUUCCAUUUCACCGAAAUUGUACUACCCUCGAAUUUGGGGCUAUUUUGUUCAGAAACCAAUAUAGGUAAAAAUGUAAAUAUAUGUAAAUUGAAAUUUAACAGUAUAGUUUUGACAUGCGUGACAAAACAUUUCACUUCGCUUAUAAAAAAGAAGCGAGUUUACUAUGUGAUUGUUAUCUUUCAUUCGAUUAGCCUUUAACUGUAUUUUGAACUUUGUCGUGUCCAUUCAAAGCUUUUAUCAGAUAAAAUGACCAAAACCGAAAAUUGUGAUAUUGAAAAUGCAGCAAAAAUAAAGGAAAACGAAUAUCAAAAUGAAGUCAGAAAAUCUAAACGAAGGUAUCCCGGCUUUCGCAAAAAUCUUCUGGAUUAUUUUCAAGAAUUCACUGGUAACACAGGCAUCCAUGGUUUUAAAUAUAUGGGAGAACAGGAUAGGACGUUAUGUGAAAAGUUUUGGUGGGUUAUCCUGUUCUGCAUAUCACUAUACGUUUGUAUAGAUCUUAUUAGCAAAACCUGGACGAAAUGGGACCAAUCACCUGUAUUGGUGAGUUUUGCAAAAAGUCCUACACCUGUCUGGCAAGUUCCCUUCCCAGCCGUUUCAAUUUGUUCAGAAACUAAAACGAGGCAGACAGUUUACAACUUUACAAACGCGUUUGACAAAUUUGUCCAUGGAGAAAAUAUGACAGUUGAAGAAAUGAAACGUUUUUCUGACAGCAGUUUAAUAUGUGAUAAUCACUUAUAUAACGAAGGAGAAAAAUUCACCAAAUUGAACACAAUUGAUUAUCUAAUGAGUGUUGCACCACAGUUUAAUGACGUAUUUUUUACAUGUAAAUGGACACUUCUAAAUGAGAGUUGCGAGAAUUUAUUUACUCCAAUAUUAACCGAAGAAGGGUUGUGCUUUACAUUUAAUAUGUUGGAUAGAACUGAACUCUUAAGAAAAAAAGUGCACCUACAAGGUGGCUAUAUGUCACAUGGUUCUCAUUCAGAAGGCUGGACAUUAGAGGGAGGAUACCCAAAACGUUCCAAAAAGGAUACUUUCCCUCGAAGGGCAAUGUCCGCUGGUUUUUCAGCUGGUCUAUUUUUAGUUUUAAAAGCAUAUACACCAGAUUUGGAUUAUAUUUGCAGAGGCCCUGUUCAAGGAUUUAAGAUUCUUCUUCACCAUCCAGCUGAAGUCCCACGAGUAUCCAUGCAGUUCUUCAGAGCUCCUUUAAACCAAGAAGUCGUAGUUUCAGUUCGACCUGAUAUGAUGACGACAUCAGAAGGUUUACGUGGUUAUGAUCCUCAAAGGCGACAGUGCUACUUUCCUUCAGAGCGAUACUUGUCAUUCUACCAGAGUUAUACGCAACAAAACUGUCAAAUAGAAUGUUUAACUAAUUUUACUCUAGCCAAAUGUGACUGUGUUGCUUAUCAUAUGCCUCAUGAAAAAAAUACGAAAAUUUGUGGUUCAGGUAGCCAGAUGUGCAUGUUUCAAGCUCAAAGUGAAUUGUUAGAACUUGAAGUGGAUUCAGGUUUAAGAAAUAUGGAUUAUGCCCUUAACCAAUCUACAUCCAAUUGUGAUUGUCUUCCGGCUUGUACUUCACUAACUUAUAACGCAGAAUUUUCUCAAGCCAAAUUUGAAUGGGAAAAAGUAUUUCAAGCCUACAGAGUUAACAUCAGCGGUGAAUUUCCAGGAAUACAAAUGACUAGAUUGACGUUCUUUUUCAAAGAACAGCAAUUCAUAACAUCAGAAAGAAACGAAUUAUAUGGACAAACAGACUUUCUCGCCAAUUGUGGUGGUAUUUUAGGACUUUUCACUGGAUUUUCAUUUUUGUCAAUCGUUGAAAUUCUAUAUUUCCUAACAUUAAGAUUGAUGUGCAAUGUUAAACAUUAUGGAAGACACUAUUGGUCGGGAUCCCCCAGAUUAGUUGAAGAUGAGGACUAUGUGCAUCCGAAGAUGCGCAGAUAGUUUUUCUGUACCAACUUAAGUGUAUAAAACUGCAAAUAAUUUCUAAUACGUAAAAAUAUUAUUAAACUUUUAUUUUAGUCGAAGGACUAUUUUAAAUAUUGUUCUACGUUCAUGCAAAAAAAAACUUCAUUGAACUAUAUUUGGUGAAAAAACUGGUUUUUUAUUGCACUAGUGCAAUAAAAAUUUUAUUGCACUCAUCUGCCAUUUUACUACAGCAUUUUAUGAUCAUGACAAACAUAAAAAAUAUUAAUAUUGAAAAUUGUAAAAAUUGAACAUUUACUUUUAAUAUUAGUGGCAAAAACAACGUUUAAGCUUAAUUCUUGUUCAUAACACAGUUGUUCCUAAAGUUUUGGUUAAAUUAUUUUUCUUAACAUAAUUAUAGUACUUUUUCAAUGUUAAUCGAUGCUAAUUAUUAAGUAUUAAAUAUUUUGCUAUUAAAUUAUGCUUUUUAUUCUUCUGCACUUAGUGUCGCCUAAAUAAAACAUUUUUUGGUUUUUGCAUAGGGUUGCCACAUUUCCGGAAAUGAAAAGUGUGGCAACCGUAAGGAUAGAGCACUUUUAUAUAAUAAAGUCCAAAUUUUGUGACCAUUUCUAAAAAAAAAGGGGUCCUCCACUUAUUUUUCGUACAAACGAGGGUCUUUUACCUGGUCUAUUUUGUGUAAAUCCGAUUCCUCUGCGGAUUUUAAAAAGCGUGGAAUAUGCAUAAAAAGCGUGCAGGCAAGUCAAAAAGCGUGGCUGCCACGCCAUAAGCGUGAUGUCUGGCAACUCUAUUUUUGCAUGAACGUAGAAAAAAUAUUGUAUGCAACUCGUGCAAAAAGUGUUUAUUGCACUCGACGUGUUGUCUAACACUUACUUUUUGCACUUGUUGCAUAAAUAACUAUUAACGUUUUGUGUAUGUGUAUAAAUCACUUUACGUCAAUAAUUAUAUUAAACACUGCACAAGAUAACAUCACUUUCCCAAAAAAAAAAAUAAAGAAAUUUACAAAAACUUUUGUAAACAAAUUUAACAGAUCUUUUUAAAAUUUUUAAAUAUUACAAUCAAUAUUGAAAUGUAAUAUGUAAUAUGUUUUUCCAAUAAGAGCACAGUAGAUAUGAG